GCUUGCUUUCGCCCCGACCCACUGACUGGCUGCCUGCUUGGCUUUUCCGAGGGAAAGAUCCCGCUCAAAUAUUCAUGGGCACCGAGUGUGGUAGCUGCGCGUUUCCUCGAGCAGCACUCCCGGAGAUAGACGCGCACACACAUUCACGUCAGGCCUCGGCGGAAGGGGCGAGGAUUUUGCACUGAGCAGAAAAAGGAGCGGAGUUGAGAUGGCGUCGAAGCACAAGGGCCGCCUCUGGCUGCGGGGCUGAAUCUGAUGGGCCAUGGCUGGCCGACCAAUUCAUCACCCCCUCACCGCGCCUUCGGCAUUUAUCAUUCCUCGCCCUCAAACGCAGGUCGGAACCGCAACCCUUGGUACUGGCCUGGAGGAAUGUUGUGGUGCCGAAGCCGGGUUUGCGCUCUCAGCCUAAUUCUCGGAGCAUACUUGGCGGGGGUGCUGCUCCUCUCUUCCAUAUCCCUUGAUGUCGACCCACGCCGAUAUCAUUUCUAUAAGGCUGUAAUCAACCCCGAGGAGUCAGCAAAAGUGCCGCAGGCCGUCGUGAGCCACCACGAUGUGGCGGCCAGCAUCAGGAGCGUGGCGGCCGCCUCGUCCAGACGCUCCAAGCUGCGCUGGUGCCAGCAACUGCACUUUCUGGCCAACCCUGGACCAGUUACCGCCCUGGUUUCCUUCCCAGGCAGUGGGAAUACGUGGGUCAGAUACCUCAUCCAACAAGCCACAGGUGUUUACACCGGGAGCGUUUACAAGGACUACGGUCUGCUGAAAAAUGGGUUUCCUGCCGAAUCUGUACUGAAUGGCUCAGUGGUGGCGGUCAAGACUCAUGAAAUCGGAGAAGCGGCUCGGAUUCCAUUUACAAAGGCCGUCCUGCUUGUCAGAUCACCAGGCCAGGCAAUCCAGGCCGAGUUCAACCGUCAGAGUGGUGGGCACAUUGGAUUUGCUGCUCCAGACAGAUACAGGAGAAACAGGGGAAAAUAUUGGAGAGAUUUUGUGACUGACAAGUUGUCCAUGUGGUCCAACACAUACAACGACUGGCUGAAGAACUUUCCUGGCCCGAAGCACGUCCUCUUCUACGAGAAACUGGUCUCGGACGUCGAGCGCGAGCUGCGUGCCUUGCUGACCUUCCUCGAGGUGCGGGUGUUGGAGGAGAACCUGACGUGCGCCCUGGAGCGACGUGAGGGCAUCUACCGGCGGCGUCGGCGGCCCCUGCCGUUCGACCCGUUCUCGGCGGCCAUGAAGGAAGCGCUGCGUGCCGAACAGACCCAAGUGUACUCCGCUCUGGCGGCGGUAUCCAACUCGACGGCGCCGCCCAUCACCUGAAUUGUGAUCGCUACAGCUCAAUUUCCGCAACAUCAUGUGCAUCAUCCCCUCGCUGAAACAUGACACUCAUUUGUAUGCAGAAUGCAAAAAUAACGCUGUUUCAUUGGCUGUUCUCCGCUGACCAAGGAGCCCAGGAGCAGGAUUACUUGCUUCCUACGGGCUGGUGAUUUUGAGUUGGAUUCAAACUCUCCGUUUGACGAAUCUCACAACAUGGAUUUUAUUUUCAAUAUAUAAUCUCGUCAUUUUUACAUGAUUGAUUGCUUCAAUUUCAUCAAGUCUCUUGAAACUCGAUAUUUUUCUACAAGAAAAGACACGUUUGUUCCAUUUUUCCUGGUGUCCCAGGGAAAUUGCGCCUCCCCUAGAGGACUAGAGCAACGUUUUUAUUGCUUCUCCUUCAACUUUAUGCGUAUGAGAGGAUAAGCCACAAGGGAGCUGGAAAUUUUAAAAUGCCAUCCUUGCUCCUCAAGAAACUUAAUACGACUCCGGGGCAGUUGGCAUUUCUGGGCAGUUUAUUUCAUUUCUUCUACACUUCGCACGCUCUUGCAGCCGAAUUUAUGACGUCGAGUGAAUUACAAAUUGAAAAUUGCUGCAUCUAGGCAAACAGAGAGGCUUUCCACCGUGGUCUCAUAGUGCACCUAACUUUUGAUGCUCUUAUUAUUCUUUCAUGGUGUGCUGGAGAGCAUAAAGGUUCUGUUCAACCAUGAGAGCCUCUUUUUACUCGCUCCUUUGUGGCGUCAGCUCCCUCUUUCUCCGCCUCAUUCUGUUUUUACUGCUUUUCUUUUCAACACCAGAAAACCAACUUAAGUCCAUGAGUUCGCACGGUUGACAAUGCAAAUGAAAAUUUGAACACAUUCCACCCCCACCUACGUUCUAAUAAUUUAUUUCGCACUUAACAAAGAGAAACAAAAUAAGAGAUUGUGUACAAUAAGUGUCAAAGAAAGAUAAAAGUUUUUAUAUAUGUAAACGACUCGUGUAAACUCUAAUAGUGAUGUCCUUCGUGUUCUUGUUUGUUGAAACCAGACAGUGCGCAGCUCAAACACUUUUGCUUAAUGCUUCAAAUCAGAAUAUCAGUCACUCACGUUUUCCACGACCGCACAACUGUGAUGAAAAGUUCACUCGUUAUUUGUUGAAGUAUUAUUUGUAACUAUACUUAUUUAUGUGUUUGUAUGGCGAGCAGGGCCCAAGAAAGUGUCUCGUUUAUACACAGCAGAUUCUCAAGUGGCAAUGCUCUCUCAAUUUUGUGUUUUCCGCCCGUCCACUUUACUUUACGGAAUCUCAAGAGAGCGAGCCUUCCAAAUCAAUAAAAAGAGCUGAGAACGGGCGGGAGAGGUCAUUUUCGACCGGCAUUUACGGCGCCGCACUUGAAAUAACCAUAAAAGAGAUGAUACCUAAGCCGUGUUCAAAUUGGCAUUGAAGCAGACAUCCUAUGGAAAAGAUUGCUGAUUGGUCAGAAAUAAAUUGAUAUCGCA